AAUGAGAUGGGACGAGCAGCCACAUUGUAUGAAGCACUCUUCAUCUAGUGCCCAGAAAGAAGUGAGGAUGACUCCUGCUUUCCAAGUCUUACUAUGUCUCUGCCUGUUGGGGAUGAGCUAUGCAGCACCCCAAGCAAGAAAUGUACGCUGGUGUGUGACGUCAGAUGCCGAAGAAGAAAAGUGCAAUGAUCUGGUGAACUCGUGCACUGUCAAGGAAAUUCUACUGAUAUGUGUGAAAAAAUCCAGCAUUGAGGACUGUAUAAAAGCUAUCAGUGCUGGAGAAGCAGAUGCUAUUUCUCUGGAUAGUGAAGAUAUUUACAAAGCUUCAUUAAAACCUUUUCAUUUGAAGCCCAUCAUGACCGAAACAUAUAUUUCCAAGAAAGAUAUCAAGUUAAAUCAGGGCCCUUGUCAAAAAGAACAUCAGCAUAUACUUGAAGGCGGACAACACAAGUGUGAUGAAACAGAAAGCACUCCAUGCUUGAGGCAUCGCCAGAGAGUGCUCGGAGCCAAGAAACUCCAUAUAGGUGAAUUUAUGCCAGAAUGUGAUGAAAAGGGUAACUACCUUUCCGAAGCAGUGUUAUGGUACCACUGGUUACUGUUGGUGUGUGGACGAACAUGGUGCUGAACUACCGGUUGGAAGAGCCAAACAGGGCAAGGUUAACAUAUCAGUGUGAAUAUACAGAAAGUAAAAAGCCCUGCAUGAAAGAACGCCGGAAAGUGCUCACUGGAGGGCAACCUUUACCAGGGGCUUUUAUACCGGAUUGUGAUGAGGAGGGCAACUACAGUCCAAAGCAGUGUCAUGGCAGCACCGGUUAUUGUUGGUGUGUUGACGAAAAUGGUGCAGAGAUUUCUGGUUCAAGGACUCCACCUGGACAACAGGUUCCAACAUGUGGAACUUAUGCUGGAGCAACUUGUAUAAAAGACAGAUAUAAAGUGCUUGGUGCAGGGGAAGCUAUAAGAGGAGUGUUUGUACCUAAUUGUGAUGAAAAAGGAGACUACAGACCAAAGCAGUGUCAUGGCAGCACCGGACACUGUUGGUGUGUUUCCAAAUACGGUGUAGAGAUACAGGGUACAAGAGCCGCACCUGGGCAGUCACCCCCUACAUGUGAGAUUCCAGAUCUUGUGAAGAGCCAUUAUGCAGUAGCUGUGGUGAAAAAAUCUAGUACAUUACAGUUUAACCAACUGAAAGGCAAGAGAUCUUGUCAUUCUGCGGUGGGAAAGACAGCCAGUUGGAUCGCUCCUUUGUAUGCACUCUAUAAGAAGAACUUCCUGUUGUGGGAUGGAUCUGAAGAAAAGUCUUUUGAACAAGCCGCUUCAGAGUUCUUCUCAGUCAGCUGUGCCCCAGGAGCCAAAGAGGAAAACUUGUGUAAGCAGUGUGCAGGAAAAGAAGAGAAGUGUAAGCGCAGUCCUGGUGAACCAUACUAUGGGGAUGAAGGAGCACUUAGGUGUUUGAGAGAGGAUAAAGGAGACGUGGCUUUUGUGGAACACACCGCUUUAUCAGGGCAAGAUUCAGACAAUCUUGAGCUUCUGUGUCCAGACAAUACUAGAAGUCCACUAAGUGAACAUAAAGACUGUAACUUUGGAAAAGUCCCCAGACAUGCUGUGGUGACAAGAAGCACUGGGGACAAGAGUAAGGAUAUCAUUGAGUAUCUUCUUGAAGCUCAGAAAAAAGAAUGCAAACUAUUCAGCUCCACUUGUGCUAAGGAUCUGAUGUCUGGAGACACUACGACAAAUCUGAUUGCUCUUCCAUCAGGAAUGGACGCUUUUCUGUUUUUGGGCCCAGAAUUGUUUAAUGCCAUGAAAACACUGCAAGGAGAACCUCUUCCUUCAAAGAACGAAAUACGCUGGUGUACACAAAACAAGAACGAGAAGAUCAAAUGUGAUGACUGGUCCGCAGUAAGUGGUGGUGCUAUUAAAUGCACAGAGCCAUCUUCUGCAGAUCAGUGCAUUGAGAAGAUUCUGAAACGUGAAGCUGAUGCAGUAACUCUCCAUACAGAACACAUGUAUACAGCACUGAAAUGUGGACUGGUUCCAGCAGUUGAAGGGUACUACAAUAAAGAUGAUUUCACCCCAUGCAAGACAGAUGGAGACUUCUAUACAGCUUUUGGUGGAACCUACACUGUAGCCUUAGUAAAGAAGAGCGACAAAGACAUCACAUGGAACAAUCUUAAAGACAAAAAGUCCUGUCACACUGGUGUUGGUCAUUGGACUGGAUGGAUGGUCCCUGUGAGCCAAAUUAGUAAACAGACUAAGAAUUGUGAUAUUGGGUCCUACUUCAGUCAGAGCUGUGCUCCUGGAUCAGCCAUUGAUUCCAAUCUCUGCAAACUGUGUAUUGGGGAUCCACAAAACACCAAAGCACAAACACAAUGCUCCCCAAGUGACAAAGAGGCUUAUUUCGGCAGUGCAGGGGCCAUCAGGUGUUUAGUGGAGAAAGGAGAUGUGGCUUUUGUGACUGACAGUGACGUAUUUAAAAACACAGAUGGUAACAACCCUGCACUUUGGGCAAAGGAUUUAAAAUCCACAGAUUUUGAGUUAUUAUGUCUUGAUGGCUCUCGAGCCCCUGUCACUGACUAUAGAAACUGCAAUCUUAAUGGCAACCCCAAUCUAAGUGUCGUUAGCCGGGAGGAGAAUGUCAAUGAUGUAGUAAGAAUUUUUCUUAAUCAACAAUCUCUCUAUGGCAGGAACGGAUCUCAGAAGGACAUAUUUCAGAUGUUUUCAAGUUACGGUGAAAACCUCCUCUUUAGUGAUGAUGCACAAUGCAUGAUAGAAUUUGACAUAAUAAAAGGAAGAGACUUGAUUGAUGAUAUUUUGGGCGAACACCUUUCAUCAACUAUGCUCAGAUAUAACCCAUGCUUGCCAAUAUCGGAACUACGGACAGCUUGCACCUUCCGUGCUGAGAAGAUCUAAAGAUCUAGUCCUGGUCAAGGAUUGUCUUAUAUAUUCAUACUCAUUUAUCUCCUUGUUAUUCACCAUAUAAAAUUUAUGUUCUGCCUUCAAUUGUUAUAUGCCUUUCAUCUUACAAUAAAUAGAUGAAAGAUU